GAGGAAGCUUUCUUGCCGCCAUUUCACGUGAAAGCAGCGCGCGACAAGGCCGACAACCAGUGCCAAACAAUUAAACAAAAUCAGACAGAAUUUGAACCGGAUACACCAGCGGGAGAUUUGCAAACUAACCGUAACCGUUUACAUAACGGUAGGGUCUAACUGGUUUCAACUUUCCUGUCCGGCUGUGUUGCCUGGAGACGAAGAAAAUGAGCAGUUACGGUAGGGCGCCACCAGACGUGGAGGGGAUGACCUCCCUCAAAGUGGAUAACCUGACUUACCGAACUUCGCCGGAGACUCUGCGCCGGGUAUUUGAGAAGUACGGCCGUGUGGGUGAUGUGUACAUCCCCCGGGACAGGUACACCAAGGAGAGCCGCGGGUUCGCCUUCGUGCGGUUCCUCGACAAGCGUGACGCCGAGGACGCCAUGGACGCUAUGGACGGCGCGCUGCUGGACGGGCGGGAGCUCCGGGUGCAGAUGGCCCGGUACGGACGACCCCCGGACUCCAUGUACAGCCGGAGGGGUGCGCCGCCGCGCAGAUACGGAGGAGGGUACGGUGGCCGCAGGAGCAGGAGCCGUUCAGCCAGUCCCCGCCGCCGCAGACGUAGCCGAAGCCGCUCCAGGAGCAGAAGCCGUUCCCGAUCCAGGAGCCGCCACCACUACAGCCGCUCCAGGUCUCGCUCCGACUCCAGAUCCAGGUCGAGGUCCAGGUCCAAGUCUAAAUCCAAGUCCAAGUCCAAAUCCAAGUCCAAGUCCAGGACCCCCAGGCGGAGCAAGACAAAGUCUCCCUCCAGGUCGAGGUCCUCCAAGUCAAGGAGUCGAACCCCGCCUUCCAACAGAGGGUCCAAAUCCAGGUCUCGCUCCAAAUCCAAGAGUAGGCCUAAAUCUCCAGAGGACAACGAAGCAGAGACUUAAUCCAGACUUGGACACAACAUGACGAUCUCAGAUGAUUGAGCCUUUGUUGAGGACAUCAGGAUGAGUCUCACAACGAGCAAGUGGACUCCACUAUUACCACUGAAUGCAGACUGAAAGGUUAUUGGAACUUGGUCUAAAAUGUUUUAAAUUUGACUUAAUUUACACAUUCUGUAACUUUGACAUUGUCAUCGUUUGUAAAGUUGAGCAUUUCGAAAGGGAUUUGUAAGGUGUUUUUUUUUCUUCUCUCGUUUAAAUUGGGCUUUUUCCAUUGGAUUACAUUUGUACUUAAUUUUUUUUUAAUUAACGUAGCGUUCUUAUCGAAAUCCCUUGUUUAAUACGCUUUCUAGAUGGAUAUGAAUGAGUUUUAUUUGCAGGGUGUCAUGUUGGACGUUCAAAGCCUUUACAGCUAUGUUAGACCACUCUUUUUGGAAAUUAAAAAAAAGGUUUACUGUACAAUGACAUUAAAGUAAAACAUUUAAGUAUCGCUGUGCCACUUAAUUUGUGAUUUGCUAAUCCGGCAGCAUACAUUUUCUUUUCUGUCAUAUCUCUAUUUUCUGUCUGGUUAAAGUUGCUUUCCUAUGACUCUAACCCUCUUUCUUGUGUAUCUUUUGUGCACUAGGCGCAGUUGUGUAGCAGUUGAGUAAUGCUGGUUAGCUGUUAAGAUGCGGUGCAGUGCGGUGGUGACAUGGUGUGGCGUGUUGCGGUGCUGAGUGCCCGGCGCUGUUCCGGGGCUCGACCCUCCGCUGCUGUUUGCCGGUUUGUAAGCUCACAGGUGUGGCAGAUCAUCCAUCCUCUCCUGUCUUGUGACCUUUCCUUCCCUCCAUGUGCUGUACAGAUUCUCUCCUCCUUCCCUUUCUCUUUAUUCUUCUCCCUUCUCCUCCCCUCUGUGGUUUUUCCACUGUUGAUAACUGGUUUUGCUCGCUUUGUUUUUUUUUCCAUUCUGAAAUUGGGUCCAGUGUGACUCCUAGUGAAGGGUUUAAAGGGCAGUCCAGGCUGCUUAAUGAAUGAUUUUUGUGUAUUUCAUUCCUCUGUGAACCUCUCAAAUGUCUUGUAAUUGCUUCAGGUGAAUGCUAAUAAACAUCAUAGUUCAAAUCA